AUGGUGCGGUUACCGUUGCCGCAACGGCUCAGUACUCAUUUAACUUCGCGGAGUAAUACGCCCACUCCUGGCCAAAGCAGAAGUACCAGUCCCAUGAGGAUCCCAGAGGCCAAGCCGCUGGUGCUCAAGGUGGUUGCCUUACGGGGGAGGAAUCUUGCAGCCAAAGAUCGCAAUGGAACCAGCGACCCAUACCUCAUAGUCACACUUGGAGAUGCGCGACAAUCAACACCGACGAUUCCGAAAACACUGAACCCAGAAUGGAACGUUACUUUCGAAAUGCCGAUCGUUGGGGUGCCAUUGCUCGAGUGUAUUUGUUGGGAUCAUGACCGGUUUGGGAAAGAUUAUAUGGGCGAGUUUGACAUUCCUCUGGAAGAAAUAUUCGCCGAAGGGCAAAUACAUCAACAGCCCAAAUGGUACACUCUCACGUCGAAACGGAAAUCCGGCAAGAAAAAGGACAACGACAUCUCGGGAGAGAUUCUACUUCAGUUUUCCCUUGUUGAUACCGCAAACCCAACGGCCCCUCCGAGCGAGACCUUCCAGAAGUUCAAAACCCUGAUCGGUGCCGGGGAUGAAGACGAUGAUUACCCACAGAUUCCAGCGACCAUAUCAGAUGAAGCCGAUAGAGAUGAAGAGACAUCCGAUGAGGCCGAUGAUCUCGGGAGGCCCGAGGUCAAUGAAAAGCGUCGGAGAAGGCUGCGUCUCGCUCGACUCAAGCGGAAGUCGCUUGCAGCGAGGGCUUAUCAAUUCUCUGGUGCGGGCAAUGGAGUACAGGGCAUCGUGUUCAUGGAGAUUGUCAAGGUGACCGAUCUGCCACCGGAACGAAACGUGACCCGUACAUCCUUUGAUAUGGAUCCGUUUGUGGUGACUUCACUCGGCAGAAAGACGCUUCGCACUCCGGUUGUUCGCCACAAUCUAAACCCAACUUACAACGAGAAAAUGGUCUUCCAAGUCAUGAAGCAUGAGCAGUCCUACACCAUCAGCUUCACCGUUAUGGAUCGAGACAAAUUUUCUGGGAAUGAUUUUGUUGCCUCGGCUGGGUUUCCCCUGCAAACGUUGAUUCAAGCUGCUCCCGAAGCAGACCCAGACACUGGGCUUUAUAAGUUUUUAGAUCCCUCUCUUGAUCCUACUGGGUCUUCUGAGUCUCUUUCUAACAACAAAGCUGGGAUCAAGAUCGGGAUAAGCCCAUCCCCAUCAACUAGCAGCCUAUCGAAAUUGUCAAGACCAGGCUUGGUAAGGUCUAAGAGCUCUACAGCUUCCUUACCAAACCAAAUAGUACAGGAACAGUCGACACUCCCCCCGCCAUCGGCCCCGAGGCCUAUCCCAACAUCAGCCCCAUCCUCGUCGCUUUCUGAGGAAGGCAGUAGUAGCUAUCUAUCAACUACGCCCAAUUCACAGAACGAGGGUAGUGUGAUUGCUCCGCUUGAAACAGAUGGCCUGGAGAUGUACCGGAUUCCGCUGCUGAUGAAGAACAAAGAUAGAUGGGAGGACAAGCAUUCACCCGAACUGUUCAUCAAAGCCAAAUACAUGCCGUACCGUGCUCUCCGACAGCAGUUCUGGAGACUAAUGCUGAAGCAAUAUGAUGCCGAUGACAGCAGUCGCAUUGACAAAGUCGAGAUCACUACAAUGCUCGAUACCCUGGGUUCAACACUGAAGGAGUCAACCAUCGAUAGCUUCUUUGAGCGAUUCAGUGCGGAGAAUGAAGCCAGCGAGACAAUGGAUUUGACUUUCGACCAAGCUGUGAUUUGCUUGGAAGACACCCUUCAGGCACUGCAGAAGAAUUCCAGGACCGCCGGUAGGAGACUCACGCCUACUCCAUCGACAGGCAGUCAGGACAGCGAGGAGCCAUCCAGCGACGACAAUGACCUUCUUGAAACAAGCUCUGGCAUCAACACGGAUCCCCAACGGACAGCUAUACCAACGCUACCCAGUGAAGAACAGCCGAAUGCAGCUGAGGGAGACCUUCAUGCCGAUGAUUUGGGUGACGAGCGGGGCGAAGAGCAUGUUAUUGAAAUCCGCGAAUGUCCUCUUUGUCACCAACCACGACUUGGAAAACGCUCUGAUGCCGAUAUCAUCACACACAUCGCUACCUGCGCUAGUCGAGAUUGGAGGCAGGUCGACAACCUGGUGAUGGGUGGUUUCGUUACCUCGAGUCAGGCGCAGCGCAAGUGGUACUCUAAGGUGAUUACGAAGAUCUCGUACGGAGGCUACAGGUUAGGCGCCAACUCCGCAAAUAUUCUCGUUCAAGAUCGAAUCACGGGACAGAUCAAUGAGGAGCGGAUGAGCGUCUACGUUCGACUAGGUAUCCGGCUGCUGUAUAAGGGUCUGAAGAGUCGAGAGAUGGAAAAGAAGAGAAUUCGUAAAAUUCUCAAGUCACUUAGUAUCAAGCAGGGUAAGAAGUACGAUGACCCCGCUUCAACGAGUCAAAUUCAAGACUUCAUCAACUUCCACCAACUCGACUUGUCAGAGGUUCUUCUUCCUCUGGAGAAGUUUAAGAAUUUUAAUGAGUUCUUCUAUCGCGAACUAAAGCCUGGCGCCCGACCUUGCUCUGCUCCCGACGAGCCCCGGAUCGUUGUUUCCCCAGCCGAUUGCCGAUCGGUUGUAUUCGACCGCCUUGACGAAGCAACUAGUAUCUGGGUCAAAGGAAGGGAGUUCUCCAUUGACAGACUCCUUGGUGAUGCUUACCCGGAGGAUGUCCACCGUUACAAGAAUGGGGCUUUGGGAGUGUUCCGCCUAGCACCCCAGGAUUACCACCGCUUCCACAUUCCCGUAGAUGGCGUCCUCGGAACGCCCAAGACCAUUGAAGGUGAAUACUAUACGGUGAAUCCGAUGGCCAUCCGCUCUGCAUUGGAUGUCUAUGGAGAGAAUGUUAGAAUCCUCGUUCCGAUCGACUCAGUUGCUCAUGGUCGUGUCAUGGUGGUCUGCGUUGGCGCUAUGAUGGUCGGAAGUACGGUAAUCACACGCCAGGCUGGAGAGAAAGUCGCUCGAGCCGAAGAGCUGGGAUACUUUAAGUUUGGUGGAAGCACGCUUCUGGUCCUGUUCGAGGAAGGAAUGGUGAAUUUUGACAGCGACCUGGUGGCCAAUUCGAAAGGUCCUCUCGAGACUUUGAUUCGUGUGGGCAUGUCUGUGGGUCAUCGGCCCGAUAUUCCUCAGUUUGAGCCUGACCUGCCGAAGAAGGCAGAAAACGUCACUGCAGAAGAGAUGCAAGCUGCCAAGCGCCGAAUCGAAGGAAGCUUGGCUCCCCCGACCGAUGCAUCGGAAUUUGCAUAA